AUGAAGAGUUCCGCGGUGCUGAUGGGGCUCUGCCUCAUUGCUCUCGUUGUGAUGACCGAUGGCCUAUCUGUGCAUACGUAUGACAGAAAUCUGAUGCACCAGAAAAGGUCAGUGGACUUGUCGGGAAAUUUAUCAGGUUCUUUCAAGGGUGGCGACCGUAGCAGCAGUAAUAGCGGCAAGAAUAAAAGUGAUGGUAGUGGUAAAGGUGGUUCCGGUAAGGGGGGAAAUAGUGGUAGUGGCAAAAGUGGGAGAGGAGGUGGUGGAAAAAGUGGAGGGGGAGGUGGUGGCAAGAGUGGUGGUGGUGGAGGUAGAAAAGGUUAA